AUACGUUGGAAAUAUAUCGUUUGAAAAAUACAACAUCAGCCUUUGUGCUGCAUGCAGGGUUCCAUACUCACGGAAAUGAUUGGAAGUCACGUGUGAAAUUUUUAGAGGUUUUCAAGAAAAGUUCAUGCCAAUAACCUGAAAAAUAUGAAACACGAAAGCAGUGGGUCCGAGCUGUCCCUGAUGGCACGUUGCUGUUUCGGCUGGCUGACCUUCCUGGCCGAAAUCUUGCUAGCCGGUUCUCUGGGACUCAUCCUCUUCUGGGUCUUCAAGUACCACGGCGGAGUCGCAUUCGCAGGGGAUGGAUCGAAGCAAAUGAACCUGCACUACGUUCUGAUGGUGGCUGGUUUCACCUUCAUGAACGGACAUGCCAUGCUUGUCUACAGAUGCUUCCCUUGCUGCAAAAAGAUUUACGCGAAGAUCGUCCACACGCUGCUGUUCCUGGCGUCCGCAGGCUGCAUCGCCAUCGGCAUGUACGCCGCCAUCGAUGCCCACAACGACGGGCCCAAUCCCGUCCACUUCUACAGCAUGCACUCCUGGAUCGGACUGGUGGCUUGCGGAUUGUUUGUGCUACAGUUUCUAUUUGGCUUCUUCAGCUUCUUGGUCCUUCUGUGCUGCGAGAAUGCCACUGCAAAGUUCCGCCAAACCAUGAUCCCAACUCACGUGACCUUCGGUCUCAUCAUUUUUGCUAUUGCUGCGGCCGCCACUCUCACGGGCCUCACGCAGUCCGCCAGAUACAGGCUCAGUGGCAAGGAUGGCAAACCUAACUACAAGGACUUUCCUGAACAGGGCAUCAUCGUCAACGUACUCGCCAUGUGUAUCAUCGCCUCUGUCAUCGUCCUGCCUUACAUCAUCCGAAACAGCAACUACAGGCGAUACACCACUCUCACCAUCAACUAAGAGAGGGACUCUUCGUUUUUCAUUCUCACACUGUACAGAUGGACUGUUUGCCAUUCAACGUCCACUUCAAUGAAGAUACCACGGUGAAUGAGGCGCCAUUGCCAUCGAUUGACGCUUUUCGAUUGGUGGAAAUUCGCGUAGCAACUUUAUUUUAUCGAAUGUCGAAGAACUUAUAUAUAUAUAUGUUCGGUUUUUUUUAUUAUUAUUAUUUUUUAAUUCAAUUCCUUAUCCUUGGAUGCCUUCAAAUCCUUCGAAGUUUAACUGAUAUUUUUUCAAAUUCAUGGAAAUAUUGAUAUAUGUAAUGUAAUAUCGUUAUGCUGAAUCAUAUUCGUGUUACUUUUUUUUUAAUGUGAUCAAAUUCGCGCAAGUACACUUGGAACGGAUUUGCAGGUUUUUGUGUGUGACUUUUAAUGAAUUGAAAUUUUAAACAUUAUAGCUCUUCAAUGCAAUUAUAGAAUAUCAAAAUAUUUAAUACUGGCUCUUUUGCGGUAUUUAUGUAAAAAUUAUUUUAGUAUUUGAAUUCAUUUACAUCACGCGCAUUAGUUUCAAUUCAAAGUUUACUCAUAUUACUGUCGGAAUUAUUACUAAGUUACAUUUUCAUUUUUGAUUUUUUUUUUUAAUUUGAAGAGUUUUGCAAGUUUUAUUUUGGCUUUUGAAAACUAAAUGUAAAUAGAAAAUGCCAGUAUUUUAUUAAACAAAGAUGGAUUUAAAAUCUUAAUUUAUUAAAUAUUUGACAUUACUAAGGUUCUAAUAACAAUUUUGGAAUCUUAGCAGCUUUAAAUCCGAAUUUGGAAUCUGUGUUAUAUUGUUCAUAAUCUAAAUAUAAAAGAAUUUCAUUCAUGAAUUGAAAUUUGUAAUAGCUGGACUAUUUUUGACAUUCUAAAAAGUCCACUUCUAUUUUUAAAUAUAGUUAGUAAUAGUUAAAUUAUAUUGAUACUUCUUUUUUUAAUUUAUGUUAAUUGUAAUUGGAAAAUGGACAAAAUCUUCUCACAUCUUCAUCGCAUGUUGAAUGGCAGCAAUGAGUACACAAAAUCAGUGGCGUGCCAGGGAUAAAUAAGGGCAUACAGUUUAUUGUUCAGUCCCUCUGUCUUAUGUUUUGACAUCUGUCUUUAAAAACAUAAAUUAAACAAAAAAAAAAUAUUGCCGCCUUAGCGUCCCCAAAAAUUGGUGCCCCUGGAACCUACAACCUCCCAGUCCACCACCUUGAUACGCCACUGUAUAAAAAAAGUACUCUUUUUUUUUAUAACAUUUUUAUAAGUAAGAAACUUUUUCAUUCAUCGCCGGAAGCUGAAAUCAUCGUUCACUCUUGUAAAAACUUGCUUUAUGGUUUGUAUUGACUUUUGUAAAAGCAUAUAUAUUAUGUAUUGAUGUAUUAAACUUUUUAAAAAUCUUGAA